AUGGAUGCAUCAAAAAAAAACUCCGAAAAAGACAUUGUUGCAGCACAUGAACCAACUCAUCCAGUUCAUCGAGAUACAUCAUCAUCAUCAUUAUUUACUCCACCUUAUAUCACAGAUCCAACAAGGAUUCUAAUUGAUUCACAAAAUUUUCCUCGCUCAUCACAACCUCCUCCUUCACCUCUAUUUCCACCCAAUAGCACCGGAAGACGAUUAGAUGAACCAAAAAGAACAAAAUUAUCAUAUAUAUGUUGGUCUUUUGUAGCUUGUUCGAAUCUUUAUCUUUUAAUAGGAUCUGGAAUCUUGAUUUUUUGUUAUAUUAUCAGUUCAAUUCAAUCUUCAUACGAAAAAAUAGCAAAAUAUAUUCUUAUAGCAUACAUCAUUAUGGAAUUAGUAUGUCGAAUGAUAGUCAUUUAUCGUAUCAAUGAUUUCUUUAAAAGCGAUGUCGGAUUCUUUGAAAAAAGAAGGAUACUUUUUAUUCGGGAAGAAAAGAUUAAACAAAGAUCAAAUUAUCAACUUAUCUAA